UGACGAAUAGGCGAGCGUGAUUGGGGAGCAGGGCCGGAUGGAUGGAUGGAUGGCCGGAACAGAUAUGGGUGGUGAGAAACGAGAUGAGAAAGUGGCGCUGGCUGGCGCCAUCGCCAGCCAGCGAGAGGUGCACAUGCGAGCCACACUAGAGCCUGUCGAACCCCUGUCUCACUCUUUAGCAGCCCCCGAAGCGCCCCGGCUCCGCGCACUAGUCGAUCUUCCUUCCGUCCUGCUGCAGAAUCGUCGACAGUUCGUCGGGAUCAGUCAGAUUGCUGCCUCGAGAGCGCCUGCUCGACAUGGCAACCGUGGUAGCAGCGGCCACCGGCGUGGCUGCCCGGCUCUCGAGCCCCGUCGCUGCUGCGGCGUCGUGCUCGUCGAGGACCUCAUUCUUGAGCGGGCGGAGGAUCGCGGUCGCGGCGGGCCUUCCGUGCGUCGAGAGAGUGGCUCGUCUGGCAGUGGAGGCCAAGCAGGGGAAUGCGCCCGUGUCGGCCCUUGAGGAGUCUGUGAGCCAGGCCUUCAACACUCUGACCAAGAGCACUGUGGCCCGGAAUGCGGCCAUCAUCGCCACCAAUGUGCUGCUGGCUCUGCCCGCCCUCGCCGGCGAGGAGAAGGGUAAGAUUUUCGACUUCAACCUCACGCUGCCCAUCAUCGCCAUCGAGUUCCUCACCCUCAUGGUGGCGCUCGACAACAUCUGGUUCAAGCCCGUGGCCGCCGUCAUGGACAAGCGCGACGAGGAGAUCAGGAACAAGCUGCUGGGCGUGAGGGACAAUUCGGGCGAGAUCAAGAAGCUCCAGCAGGAGGCCGAGGCCAUAAUCAAGGCCGCCCGAGCUGAGACCACCAACGCUCUGAACAACACCAAGAGGGAGACCGCUGCUGCCUUGGAGGUGACGCUGCAGGAGUCGAAGGCCAGGAUCGAGUCGGAAUUGGCCGAGGCUUUGGCGAAUUUGGAGGAGCAAAAGGAGGAGACCUUGAAGGGACUCGACAAGCAGGUGUCGGCCCUGAGCGACGAGAUUAUCAGCAAGGUCAUGCCCUUCAGCGUAUGAGCGAAUUUAGUCGUAGUUGCGGUUUUUGAGAACAUUCACGUCUGCUCCGUCCGGAGCGAUAGAUGCAAUUGUCGUAUGAAUCCGUUUAUCUUAAUUUGACGAUACAUUCCCCGUUAGUAGACAUUGCACAAUGUAAUUUAGACACUGGAUGACCGCUCUGAUCUCGAACUCACUUCAGGAUCAGUCUGGAGACAUAGAUCUGUCACUGUACAAACAGUUUCAUGCAAGUCGCCAAUUUAUUCUCUCCAUGAUUCAUGUUCAUCCUGCGAUUCAUGUAAAGUACGUAAGGAGAAAUCCAAAAGUCGUCCUUUCCUCUUGG